ACUUCAAUCCCGCAAUGACCCUUCGACCGCCGAUACCACGAGCGAUUUCGAUUCAGGAUACGAAUACCCUCUGUCUGCGAUGUUGGAGGAGACUCUCGCGCACCUCUCCACCCCCGAGACAUUCCUUCACCACGGUCCCAUCUGCAAGGCAUGGUGCGGUAGCUGUGGGAAAGAGCCGGAAUUCGUUCAGCAAGGACUACUUCUGGGCAAAUCCAACGCUUAAGGAGUCAUUAGGAAAUUCAUUGGCGCGGUCGAAGCGCGAAUUGCAGAGCUCAGUCGCGAGUGCCAAAGCGGGAGCAUCAGCUGAUGCCACAUCUGAUGAAAUCCUUCCCCAUCGCCGGAAGAAGAAGAAGACACAAGAGCAAGCUGCGGGAAGUGCAGAGACAGACUUCCCAAUUCCUCCAGAUGCGUCCUCCAAGUUAACAACGCUGUCAUCCAAUCUGCCCACCCAGUCUAUUCGGCGACUGCUGGCAACGUACCUGUCCCUGGCAAAGCCUCGACUGAGUUUCCUCGUGGUUCUCACAGCAACUGCCGCGUACUCGUUAUACCCUGUCCCAGGACUGCUGGCUCCAGCAGCAACAGCUACACCAUCACUAUCUACCCUCACAUUGCUAUUCCUCACAACAGGUACCGCACUAUGUUCGUCUUCCGCGAACGCCUUCAACAUGCUCCUCGAGCCCACCCACGAUGCUAAAAUGAGCCGAACUCGUAACCGGCCCCUCGUGCGAAAACUCAUUAGCCCGAAAGGAGCUUUGAUUUUUGCCAUUGGUUGUGGGGUGGCUGGUACUGGCGCUCUCUUCUAUGGCGUCAAUCCAACCACUGCCUUCCUCGGUGCCGCGAAUAUACUUCUCUACGCCGGCAUAUAUACCCCCAUGAAGCGCAUGUCUGUCAUAAAUACCUGGGUUGGAGCAAUAGUUGGUGGCAUACCACCGCUGAUGGGCUGGACAGCGGCGGCGGGACAAUGUGCGCACGAAGGGACAUGGCAAGAAUUGUUGUUUGGAGAGAGCUCUGCAGGGGGCUGGUUAUGUGCAGCGCUGCUCUUCGCAUGGCAGUUUCCACACUUUAAUUCAUUGAGCUGGGCGAUUCGGGAUGAGUACAAGCAUGCCGGUUAUCGCAUGCUGUGUUGGGUGAAUACAGCGCAGAAUGGGCGCGUAGCAUUACGAUAUGCGCUCCUCAUGUUUCCGGUUUGUUUUGGUUUGUCUUUUUUCGGUGUCACAGAUUGGGGUUUCGUGGCCACAAGCAGUGCGGCGAAUGGGUGGAUGGCGUGGAAAGCGUACGAGUUUUGGCGAGAAAAGGGUCAUAAAGGGACGGCAAGAGGGCUUUUCUGGGCUAGCGUGUGGCAUCUACCCAUCGUCAUGGUACUCGCCAUGGCACAGAAGAAGGGGCUGAUGGAAAGAGUUUGGAGAAGCAUUGUGGGAUACCCAGAGGAAGACGAUCUGUACUAUGACGUCGAAGAGGAGUUGGGUUCAGAAAAGGAGACGCCUGAUGCACUAGUUGGCGAGAGAGGCGUAUCAUAACCUCUUCGAGGCACCUUGUUCCCCCAUAGUAAGUGGACUAUAUCUGUCUUGGCUUCAUACUUGGCUUUAAGGAACGGGCGGCGGCUUCCUGCAAAGUUUCCUGGUUUCCGGAUCGUGGCUGAUCAGAGCUUUGCAGGCACCUGUCUCAAUACAUACAUGUAGUAUAUGUCAUCAACACGAAUCUAGACAAUCAUACUCAAGCGUGAUCGAAACAAAUCUACCAUUUCUAGUCGC